AAUAGCGUGGGUCCUGUCCACUUGCCUCUCCAUCCAACUCUAUCAGCUUACCAAGAAUAAGUCGCACACUUCUUCAGACAAGCCUGCCCCGCCAACAGCUCUUUGAAACGAAACCAAUGCAGCCAAGCCACGACGUCCACAAUGACAAGAGGAAGCCGCUACCGGUAUCAUCCUUGCAUCUUCAGUCUACACCAUUGAGUCUAUCUGUAUCAUCAAGAUCCAACAGAUAGGAUCCUUAACUUGCUGGCUGGAAUAGAUUCAUAAGGAGAAAUGAUUCGAUUCUUUCUAUUACAAAACAGACAAGGGAAAACCCGAUUAUCGAAAUGGUACGUUCCACCCCAAUCCCGUGGAACGCACAGUGUCGAAGCGGAAAAGACGCGCAUUGAAGCCGAAGUGCAUCGGUUCGUGACGGCUCGUGACAAGAAGUACACGAAUUUCAUCGAGUACAACAAUUACAAACUCAUCUACCGACGAUACGCUGGGUUGUUUUUUACAAUUGCCGUCGAUGUCAAUGACAACGAAUUGAGUUAUUUGGAAACCAUUCAUCUCUUUGUCGAAUUGUUGGAUUCCUACUUUUCCAAUGUCUGCGAACUCGAUAUCGUCUUUAAUUUCAACAAGGUGUACUCCAUUCUAGAUGAAUUCAUGAUGGCGGGGGAAAUUGAAGAAACUUCCAAACGAGAAAUUCUAGACAGAGUCAAAGAUAUGGAAAAAAUGGAGUAGUAGAAACAAAAAAAGAGCAAGAACUGAAAUGCAGGAAAGAGGGAGAGAGAGACAGACAACAAGUCAACAUGGAAUAUUCAUCUCUACCAUAUUCAAACAAUUCACUUCAAUCCAUCAGUCGUGAUGAUGAUUAUGGUCGGGAAACCAUGUAUUUGGAAGCAUGUUGUACACUCUAGAGAAACUAAACUAGGCAUGCACAUCCAAGACUGGUCC